CCCAUCGCUCCUGCCUCAUAUUAAGCGCCUUAUUUAUGACUUGAGCUGCACCUUCCCUCCCAAAACCUCUUGCCUUGCGCAUCUCAUACUCGAGUAUUCCUGUCGUCGCUGCUCCAUCUCUACCCCGCGCGCCGCCCAAAGCCCAACAUGGCUGCGCCCACUCCUCCUCACCCGCCUGUUUCCCCCGACUCAGGGCCUACAGACCCCAAUCUGCCAAAGUUGCCUGCGGGUUGGAUCGCCCAGUGGGACAACUCGAGUCGUAAGUACUACUACGUCCAGAUCAGCACCGGCGUCUCGCAAUGGGACCUGCCUACGAGCGAAGUGCCCAUCAGCGGAAGCCACCACGGCACGCCUGCGCAGAACACGAACCCUUACAACAAGCCUGCCGGCUCAGAUGGACCUGGAGAUGUUGGCGAUGGGUCGAGAGGUAUCGGCGGUGACGGACAGACCGGCGAUCGCUCGCUGGGUGGCUUCGCCAUGAAUGCGCUCAUGGGCAACAACAAGCAGAGCCACGGCAGCGGCGGGUCUAACAACCUCGUCGGUCAGCUUGCGGGCUCCUUCCUUGGCGGUGGGAAGCAGAACCACGGCAGCUCCGGAGGACAUGGUAGUGGUGGAUCCGGCAACCUCGUUGGUCAGUUGGCAGGAUCGCUGCUCGGCGGUGGAAAGCAGAGUGGCUCUGGAGGCCACGGCAACCAGUCGAGUGGUGGGCUCGGUGCGCUGGGUGGACUGCUCGGUGGUGGUAGCAGCAGCAACAACCAUGGUGGCAGCAAUCAGAGCCACGGCAACCAGUCAUCAAGCGGUGGUGGCCUUGGAGGCAUGAUCGGUGGCUUGAUGGGUGGUGGAUCGCAUAACAAGCCUUCCAACAACGACUUCGGCUACAGCCACGGCUCAGGCGCCUCCUCUGGCGGAACAUACACUGGCAGCGCACCGCCCACAUCAUACCAGCCCGGUGGCCAGCACAACAGCGGCCCUCAAAGUCAACACGGCUACGGCUCGCCCUCGCCUGCACAGCAACAAGGCGGUUACGGUGGUCAACAGCAGCACGGCGGUCAACAGCAGCACGGCGGUCAACAGCAGCACGGCGGUCAACAGCAGCACGGUGGUCCUCCAGGUCAGUACGGUGGAGGCCAACAGCACGGCCAGGACCAGUACGGCUCCCAGGCAGGAUACGGCGGCCAGCCGCUGCAGCAGCACGGAGCUUACGGACAACAAGGACCGGGUGGCUAUGGCACACAAGCUGGCUACGGAGGACCCGCCCACCAAGGCGGCGGUCAAGGCUACUACGGUGGCCCGCAAAACUACGACAACCACCAGCACAACCAGUACGGCGGCGUACCACAACAGUACCCUCCUCCUCCGGCCCAGGGCGGCGGCUACGGUGGCCAGCAAGGCGGUGGCUACGGCAGCCACCAGGGCGGACACCAAGGCCCAUCGCAGCCCGGAUGGUAGAAUGAUCGAGACUUCACGCAGCCCGGAGGGUAGCACCAUGAUCUGGACAUGCGCUUGAAGGAGGCUGAGAAGGAGGGGUUAACCGAUGAACUUGUCGAGAAAUGGAAACGACUUUGGGAGGCCCAGAGGGAGCGGGAGGACAUGUUCAUCGACAUGAUUGAUAAGGAAAUCGACGAAUACAAAAAGGGAAAGAAGAAUGCGGAGGUGAAGGAUUCACCUCUUAGAGGUCCCAGGAUGUUCGACGGAUAGUGCUUACGAGUUGUUAGAAGGUACAGGUGCAUUGCGAGACCAGGA